AGAUCAUCGGGGGCCAUGAGGCCAAGCCCCACUCCCGCCCCUACAUGGCCUUUGUUCAGUUUCUGGAUGAGAAGAGUAAGAAGAGGUGUGGUGGCAUCCUAGUGAGAAAGGACUUUGUGCUGACAGCUGCUCACUGCCUGGGAAGCUCCAUAAAUGUCACCUUGGGGGCCCAUAAUAUCAAGGAACAGGAGCGGACCCAGCAGUUUAUCCCUGUGAAAAGAGCCAUCCCCCACCCAGCCUAUAAUCCUAAGAACUUUUCCAACGACAUCAUGCUACUGCAGCUGGAGAGAAAGGCCAAGCGGACCACAGCUGUACAGCCCCUCAGGUUACCUAGCAGCAAGGUCCAGGUGAAGCCAGGGCAAGUGUGCAGUGUGGCCGGCUGGGGUCGUGUCUCAACGGGCACUUUAGCAACCACACUGCAGGAAGUGUUGCUGACAGUGCAGAAGGACUGGGAGUGUGAACGUCUCUUCCAUGCCAAUUACAGCAAAGCCACUGAGAUUUGUGUGGGGGAUCCAAAGACGACAAAGACCGGUUUCAAGGGGGACUCCGGGGGGCCCCUCGUGUGUAAGCGUGUGGCCCAAGGUAUUUUCUCCCAUGGACGCAUAAACGGGACACCUCCAGGAGUCUACAUGAAGGUCUCACACUUCCUGCCCUGGAUAAAGAGAACAAUGAAAUGCCUCUAACAGCAGGCAUGAGACUAACCUUCCUCUGGGCCUGACCAUCUCUGGGACAGAGGCAAGAAUCCCCAAGGGGUGGGCGGUCGGGGUUGCAGGACUGUAAUAAAUGGAUCUCUAGCAUAAAUAUGA